GCGUGGCUUGAGGUGGCCUAGCCCCCGCCUAUCGGUCUCCGAACCGCGGAGGCGGCGGCGGCGGCGGCGGCGGCGGCGGCGUUGGCGGCGGCCGAUCUCUCCCUACACUGGCCGCACUUGCUGCCCAUCAGAAGUCGCAGCUGCCAUCAGCUCCAGGCCGGGGCCAUGGGCGCCCUGCGCCACCCGGGUCAUGAGGACGGAGGCAGAGGCAGCGGGGCAGCCGCUCGAGCCCGGGGACUUUGUACAGCUGCCUGUGCCCAUCAUCCAGCAACUAUACCAUUGGGACUGUGGCCUGGCCUGCUCCAGGAUGGUGCUUCAGUACCUGGGCCAGCUAGACGAUGGGGAGUUUGAAAAUGCCCUGCAUGAGCUGCAGCUGACCAGGAGCAUCUGGACCAUCGACCUGGCCUACCUAAUGCGCCACUUUGGUGUGAGACACCGCUUCUGUACCCAGACUCUGGGUGUUGACAAGGGCUACAAGAACCAGUCCUUCUACAGGAAGCACUUUGACACUGAGGAGACCCGGGUGAACCAGCUCUUUGCACAAGCCAAGGCCUGCAAGGUGCGCGUGGAGAAAUGCACAGUGAGUGUGCAGGACAUCCAAGCACACCUGGCGCAGGGCCACGUGGCCAUCGUGUUGGUGAACUCCGGGGUACUGCACUGUGACCUGUGCUCCAGCCCCGUCAAGUAUUGCUGCUUCACUCCCAGUGGCCACCGCUGCUUCUGCCGUACCCCCGACUACCAGGGCCACUUCAUCGUUCUGCGUGGCUACAACAGGGCUACUGGUUGCAUCUUCUAUAACAACCCGGCCUAUGCUGAUCGAAUGUGCAGCACCAGCACCAGUAACUUCGAGGAGGCCAGAACCAGCUAUGGCACAGAUGAGGAUAUCCUCUUUGUCUACCUGGACAGCUGACAGCAGGAGCCUGGCAUGCCAGGCCCUCAGAACCUGAGUCCUACCUGAGCCAGACCCACUCAGGAUUCCUACACCCGGGGUUGCUGGGACUGCUUGACAAAGCCUCUGAGAACUCUGUGACUGCUUUGUCCACCAGUGUCAUUAUGCCACUUAUCCCAAACACCUUCUGUUGCUGGAGACAACCCAAGAGCGUCUAAGGGGAGUAUCUUGGGGAAUAUCUCUCGAGACCUUAA